AUGCCCGGGGGUAAAGCCACCACCGUUUCAUCUUCACUUCCCCGCCGACAUCGUCGUGGCUUGACCCGCAGUGCUGCUGCGUGUGAACGCUGCAGGCGUCGUAAGCAAAAGUGUGAUGCGAGGACUCCAACAUGUGGUGCCUGCAAGGCUGCUGGCGCAUCCUGUGUCCCCUCCGAACGCCUAGUGGUACGGCAGGCCCAUCCAGAAUGCCAGUGCGGCCUUUUACGAGACCAACUACAAACUCUGCGACAUCAGUACGAGACUCUGUUACAGCAGUUUGAACAAUUGCAGGGACAGACCAGUGGCAAGAGUCCCCGGAGCAACUCCAAUGCCCCAGAUGCAUCAGGACCAUCGCCUUCGGGAAUCAUUUCCGUCUCCAGAAGCCAUGUCUCACCAAUGCACGAGGAAUGGCGGAAGCAGAACCUAAUUUUCAAUUGCGAUAUCCCUUACACUGGUCGCAUCCUUCUGCCAACCUUUUCGCAUAGAUCAAGGGUUCGGGAUACGAAUGGAAGCGCACUCAGCAGUGCAUGGAAACUCUGGGGAGAUGACCCGGGACUCGUGGAUGCUCCAUUGCGCUUAACUACUAUUCCCCCGGAGUCUGAUUCGGAGGCCUACUUGAAAUUGGUCGGAACAUUCUUUGAUCGUAGAUGGCCCUAUCUACCUGUUCUGCAUCGGCCUACAUUCCUUCGCGAGCAUCUAUCACCUUUUUUGAGUAGGAGAGUGUCAAGCGGCAUAUCAAGAUUUUUAGUUAAUAUGGUCUGCGCCAUUGCUACCGCUGAGAAGCCAUUGCACCAGGAAGAAAGCCACUACUCUCAUCGGGCUUUUUUUAACCAAGCAACGCAAGACAUGCACCUGGUCAUAGGGACGGGUGACUUUGAAUGCGUACAGUGUCUCUUGCUUCUCUGCAUGUACGGCUACAACGAACCGCAAUCCGUCAACCUAUGGUACACCUCAGGUCUUGCCCUUCAAUUGGCUAUCGGAAUCGACUUACAUCGAAAGGAGAGCCUCGCGGGCCGAGAUAAUUUGUCUGCAGAGAUGGUUAAGCGCGUCUUUUGGUCUGCGUAUGUGACGAAUUGCAUCAUGGCAAUCAACAUGGGCCGGCCCCUCGGUAUCCAGGAGUCUGAUAUCACCAUGUCUUUACCACUACAGUUGACUGAUGAUGAAUUGGACAAUUCCCCUGCGGUGCUAGACCACACCAGUAUAGUACCCCAAGUGACGGACACUUCGACCUUCAUUCAUAUCAUCCGGUUGCGCAAGAUCAACGCGGUUAUCUACAGCUCCUUUCAUUCCAUCGGCCAAACACGACCUGGUGCUGAGGAACUGGAGAGCAGGCGAAAGCAGUAUUUCUCCGACCUGAACCACUGGGUCUCUACUGCACCGCGGUACAUGCAGACAACUUCCACUUUUCAAUCCCCUCAUUGGUUUCAGAUCGCUUUCCAUCACGCGGUAUUGACCCUCUAUCGCCCAUCUCGGGGAGCACCCAUGCCAUCAUCCGAAGACCUGCGCAUCUGCACCGAGUCCGCUAUCGGACUGAUAAGUUCUUACAGCGCUCUAUACGCCAUGAAUCAAAUCAAAUACACCUUCGUGGCUAUCCAUGCGCUUUUCAUGGCAGCUAUAACCAUGCUCUAUGCCUUACGGGCCUCCCCGCAAUUACGUCACGACUUAACCAAAUCGAUCGUACAGACGAAUAUCCUCACUUUUCUAACCCUGUUCCGUGGCAUAUCGAAUGGCCGCAUGGUCGGAGAGAAGUGCUCCGAGAUUGUUGAGCGACUGGGAGACUGUAUCCUGAGUCUGUUUGAUGACGCCACCGGUGCGGGUGUCGAUGUGGAUACUGAGUUCCAGUCGUGGUUUGGUCUUCAGAGCCACGCGUUUACUAAAUCGGCGCAUGGCGAUUCCGUAAAGGGAAUGGAGAACAAAUCACCCGAUUACCCGGAUGCCAGAGUUGACCUUCCGUGGGCCGAUCUGUUCCUCGAAGGCAUAGACAUAGGCUCGACUGACGUGUGGAGCUUCCUGACAUGA